AUGACGUUUGCUGUACGUACCUAUCCGACAUCCAUCUCGCAUCCACACUUGACUGAGUAUCGGCCAGUAACCAAAGAGGAUGUUGAUACCUUGAAAUAUGAUUGGCUUACGGAUAAUAUUAUUGCCUUCUGGGAAGAAUAUCUCGAGCAUGCGUUCUUGACAUCAUACAAACAUGCGAACAUCGUCUUACUCAGACCAUCUAUGGCUAUGAUGCUGAUGCAGACCCCAGACCCGAGGACCAUAAAGGAAGCUCUUCCGAAUUUCACAAACACCACUCACAUCUUCCUUCCUAUUAAUGACUCGAAUAAUCCAGAGAUUGCGGAAGGUGGAAGUCAUUGGUCACUCCUCCUCAUCUCCGCCGUGGAUGGUGUCGCAUUUCACUACGAUUCGUUGCCGCCAGGAAACCAGAGGGAUGCGCAAUUUGCAGCGCGCAAGAUGUCCGUUCUGCUUGGCAAACAGCUUCAGUUCAUACCAUUAGACGACAGCCCCUUACAAGAAAAUGGGUCAGACUGCGGGGUCUUUGUCUGCUUGAAUAUGCGACAUCUUCUACUCAAAAGACUGCUCAUGGUACGGAGUGAUGAAAAGGUCUCUAUGAGCAUGGGUGGAAGAAGAGUGGAUGCAAGAGAAGGGAGGAAAGAAAUGAGUCGGAUCAUCGAGAGCUUUCGACGUGAAGGUGAGCGGCGACGCUCGUAA